CCUCCUCUCUCGCUUCCCCUGCACUCUCUACAAUUCCCCCAAAUCAAUUUCACACACAGAGACAGAGAGAGAGUGAGAGAGAGAAUUUGUAUAUUUAUUAAAUAAUUUAAUUUAUUCAUAGGAAAUGGCUGCGGUUAAUUUGCAAUUGCCGCCGGGAUUCCGGUUCCACCCGACCGACGAGGAGCUCGUCCUGCACUACUUGUGCCGGAAAUGUGCCUCUCAGUCGAUCUCCGUUCCGAUCAUCGCCGAAAUCGACCUCUACAAGUACAAUCCCUGGGAAUUACCAGGUUUAGCUUUGUACGGUGAGAAGGAGUGGUAUUUCUUCUCUCCUAGGGACCGGAAGUACCCUAACGGCUCGAGGCCGAACCGCGCCGCCGGCAGCGGUUACUGGAAGGCGACCGGCGCGGAUAAGCCGAUCUGUCAGCCGAAGUCGGUUGGAAUUAAGAAGGCGCUGGUGUUCUACUCCGGCAAGGCGCCGAGAGGAGAAAAAACUAAUUGGAUUAUGCACGAGUAUCGCCUCGCCGACGUCGACCGCUCGGCUCGGAAGAAGAACAAUAGCCUUAGGCUGGAUGAUUGGGUGCUUUGCCGCAUAUACAACAAAAAGGGCACGAUCGAGCGACGGCAGCAGCAGGCCAGCGUCGGCAGCCGGGAAAUGACGAGCGUGGUGACAUCGGAGGAGGACACUAAGCAGGGGAUCCUGAAGUCGGUGCCGGAAUCUUCGCCGGUGGUGUACGACGACUUCAUGUACCUCGACCCCUCGGAUUCAAUGCCGCGGCUGCACACGAACUCGAGCUGCUCCGAGCACGUGCUGUCUCCGGAGGUGGAGAGCGCGCCUAAGCUAUCGGAGUGGGAGAGAUCGACUCUGGAUUUCCCCUUCGGGUUCAUGGAUAGCAGCAGCAGCAGCGCGUUGAUCGGUUUGCAGUUCCAUGGGAAUUAUCCGAUGGAGUCGAUGCACGAUGUGUUUGCGCCAUACAUGAGCAAGCCGUUUUGAAGCGUGGACAAUGUGUUCGGACUACUAAAUUGUGUUUGCGCCAUACAUGAGCAAGCCGUUUUGAAGCGUGGACAAUGUAUUCGGACAUGAGCAAGCCGUUUUGAAGCGUGGACAAUGUAUUCGGACUACUAAAUUUUUACUUGGGGUUAGGUCGCACGUGGCACAGGAGACUUGGUCUAUGAGUGUGCACGUGAACGUGCGGACGGGGACAGGGUAAUGAAGUUGUGAUGUGAUGGUGAUUAGUGGGUAAUUAUGUUUGUAUUACAGUGUAAUAUGGGUUGGUAUAACAGAAUGAAAAAGCAUUAGUGAAAUGGUAUACUAAUAGAGGGCAUUUUGCUCUUAUUUGCCAGAGAAAGUGUAAUUACAAAAGGAAAUUGGAUUUCUAUCUGUGUAAAUCCAUUUUACAA